AUGAUAGUGAUUCCGUACUUAACCGUGUUAACCACCUACUUCAGCUACGGUUUGCUCUUUGUUUUCAGCCAAAUUAGAGAUCUCUUUCAAAAAAUCACUGGCUGGUUCAACUCUAACAACCUUCAGGGCUACACUCCAAUUUGCUUAGGACUUGAAGAUUUCUAUUUACGCCGGUUAUAUCUUCGAAUACAAGACUACUUUGGGCGACCAACAUCAAGUGCUCCUAAUACUUGGUUUGAUGUGAUUGAACGUUACUCUAAUGACAAUAACAAGACCCUCAAACGAACCACAAAGAUAAGUAAUUGCCUUAACUUGGGAUCAUACAACUACCUUGGCUUUGCUGCAUCGGAUGAAUACUGCACACCACGAGUAGUUGAGUCAUUGAAGAGAUAUUCGCUAAGCACAUGUAGUAGACGGGUAGAUGGAGGCACUACGGUAUUGCAUAAUGAAUUGGAGAAGUAUGUUGCAAACUUUGUUAGAAAACCAGCUACAAUAGUUUUUGGCAUGGGGUAUGUAACAAACUCUGCUAUCCUUCCAGCUAUGAUUGGGAAGGGAGGAUUGAUCGUCAGUGAUUCUUUGAACCAUAGCUCCAUCGUCAAUGGUGCUCAAGGAUCUAGAGCCACAAUUCGUGUUUUCCAGCACAAUUGGCCUUCUCACUUGGAGGAAGAUUUAAGAGAGAAAAUUGCCGAGGGACAGGCACGGACUCAUAGACCUUGGAAGAAGAUAAUUGUCAUUGUUGACAGGAUCUACAGUAUGGAAGGAGAGCUGUGCAAACUACUUGAGAUUAUAGCAAUCUGUAAAAAAUAUAAGGUUGUGCAAGAUGUUAGUUAA